CCGGCGGCUCACCCAGCGAGCUCACUGAGCGACGCGGGCGGGCUAUGAUCCCAGGGGCGCUGCUGCUGCUGCUGGGGGCCCUGGGGGCUCCACACGCCCCAGGCGCCCAAGGCUCGGAGGCAGAGGGCCGACUUCGCGAGAAACUGUUCUCGGGCUACGAUAGUUCGGUACGGCCGGCGCGGGAGGUGGGAGACCGCGUCGGUGUCAGCAUUGGUCUUAGCCUGGCGCAACUUAUCAGCCUGAACGAGAAGGAUGAGGAGAUGAGCACAAAGGUCUACUUAGACCUGGAGUGGACUGACUACAGGCUGAGCUGGGACCCUGCAGAGCACGAGGGCAUCGAUUCACUACGCAUCACGGCCCAAUCGGUGUGGCUACCAGAUGUGGUGCUCCUAAACAACAAUGACGGGAAUUUUGAUGUUGCUCUGGACAUCAACGUUGUGGUGUCCUCCGACGGCUCCGUGCGCUGGCAGCCCCCAGGCAUCUAUCGCAGCAGCUGCAGUAUCCAGGUCACCUACUUCCCCUUUGACUGGCAGAACUGCACCAUGGUGUUCAGUUCCUAUAGCUAUGACAGCUCAGAGGUCAGCCUGCAGACUGGCUUGGGUCCCGAUGGGCAGGAACGGCAGGAAGUGCACAUUCAUGAAGGGACUUUCAUUGAGAAUGGCCAGUGGGAGAUUAUCCACAAGCCUUCUCGGCUAAUCCAGCCUCCAGUGGAUCCUAGGGGAGGGAGGGAAGGACGGCAUGAACAGGUUGCCUUCUACCUCAUCAUUCGCCGGAAGCCUCUCUUCUACCUGGUCAACGUCAUUGCUCCGUGCAUCCUCAUCACUCUCCUGGCCAUCUUCGUCUUCUACCUGCCACCAGAUGCAGGAGAGAAGAUGGGGCUCUCGAUCUUUGCCCUGCUGACCCUUACUGUGUUCCUGCUGCUGCUGGCAGACAAAGUGCCUGAGACUUCCCUGUCUGUCCCCAUCAUUAUCAAGUACCUCAUGUUCACUAUGGUGCUCGUCACUUUCUCAGUCAUCCUUAGCGUCGUAGUCCUCAACCUGCACCAUCGCUCACCCCACACCCACCAAAUGCCCCUUUGGGUCCGUCAGAUCUUCAUUCACAAACUUCCUCUGUAUCUGGGUAUGAAGAGGCCCAAACCCGAGAGAGACCAGAUGCCAGAGCGGCCUCUAGUAGCCCUCAGGGAGUCUCCAGGAAGUGGCUGGGGUCGGGGAACAGAUGAAUAUUUCAUCCGCAAGCCACCGAAUGAUUUUCUCUUCCCCAAACCCAACAGGUUCCAGCCUGAACUGUCUGCCCCGGACCUGCGGCGAUUUAUCGAUGGUCCAAACCGGACUGUGGGUCUGCCUCCCGAGCUACGAGAGGUCGUUUCCUCGAUCAGCUACAUCGCUCGACAACUGCAGGAAAAGGAAGACCACGACGCGCUGAAGGAGGACUGGCAAUUUGUGGCCAUGGUAGUGGACCGCCUCUUCCUGUGGACUUUCAUCAUCUUCACGAGCGUCGGGACCCUUGUCAUCUUUCUGGACGCCACGUACAACUUGCCCCCUCCCGACCCCUUUCCUUGAGGACCAGAUGGCCGAGACCCUGGUCCUCGGCCAGUUGAAUUGAGAGUUUGGCAGUACUCUUAAGCCUUGUCCCUUUCUACACAUUAACUUUCUCACUUAGGAAUCUAGUCCUCUCAUCAUUUCGUUUCUAGGGAGGAAGGCUAAGUGGAAUUGGGCAGAUGGAGGCUUUGAACCCACCUGAAAUGCACUAUCCAUUUACUCACUCUUUGGCUUCUUGAAGAAGCUCCUUUGGAUAUUAACACCUAGGUUCCCAACGAAAUGGAACAAAGAACAAGAACUAGACUGUAAGCCUUAAGAGGGCAGGAAAUAUGUCUUGUUCACUGUACAAGCACCUAGCACAGGUCCUAACCUAAGUAGGUGCUUAGCAUUGGUUGAAUAAAUAGGGAUUUUUUUUUUCUGUAAGGAAAUACACUAAGUAAUAGUGCUUAUGUUUGCA